CUUCUUUAACAGCUGAUUCAUCGCCAAUCCGCGACAAAAAAUUCCGGCUUAGACCGAUUCUUGUUGCACAUCUUUUACUGUCAUUGUUUCCGUUGUCUUUUUUCUUUUCAAGUUAUUUGGCAUAUCUUGUGAACAUGGCUAGCAGUAGCCCAGGAUCGGAUUGGAGUUCGAUUUUGCAAAAACGAUGUUUGGCACGUAGAGCCGAAAACGAAACACAAAGUAAUCUUCUUGAUGUUGCGAAAUGCGUUGAGAAAACUGAAAACAGCUUUUCAGCUAAUGAUGAAAAUGAUUUCAACCCUACAUUAAGCAUCUUGCUGGCAGAUUUCUUUGUUCGAAAUGCUUCUCAAAGGAACCUGACAUUUGGAGGAAUCAUAUCAACCAGUUGCAAGAUUAUCAUGCCUAGUUUAUUAGGAGCUCUGCGAAAAUCUUCUAAUGAUUUGUUGGCUCAAAAUCCUAGCUUGCAAGCUGUUCAGCCUAGUCAUGUUCUUCUUGCAUUAAAAGCCUUGAGCACAGGAGCACUGGAGAUGAAUGACACAGACUUUGAAUUGCUGGAAAGCUAUCUUAAAGAUUUAGAGAAAUCAAAAGAUACAGAAUGUCUAGUUUCUGAAACUGUAAAGAAAAAUAGACCAGAUUUGAAUGCUGCCUUGUUGGAUCAGUUUGUAUCAGUGAUCCCAGGUGCCAUGUUCGAAAAAGCUAUGACCCAGCUCAUGAGUGAAGGAGAAGCGGCGACUUUCACUAGAAAAGACAGCACUACCCAAAAUUUGUCGACAGUGUGUAGUCAAAACAUUGCUAACCUAUGCAGCCUAGAUGUUGCCGACACCAUCGUCAAUUUUUGCCAAUCAUUACCCAAUGUAGCAAGUUUUAUCGAGAAGUGGAACGGAGCCAUGGAAGGGUUAGGACUAGGGCUACCUUCCUCCUUAAGUGAAGCCCAACUGAUAAAGCAAAAUAUUACUAACCUAAAAGAAGACAUGCUUCUUGCGAAGAAGGCUCUAAAUUUACCGCUACUUGAACCACUAACGAAAGAACGUUUACGUCUUCUGACACAAAUUGGAAUGGGUUGUUUAUUGGCUGCCAUUUCCGUUGCGACGUCCCACAGUAUCUUUGCGGCUGCCAGUUCGGUCCCCACCAAAUCGGUGGGAAGCAGCAAUCCGAACAUGGCUCCUUCUAAACAGUCAGCAAGUCCUAAUGCGGCUGCAGCCGUCUGUAAUCGGGAAGAAGAAUGGGAAAGUAAUGCAGUCACCGUCGUCGAAACAGCGGUUGAGAUUUAUCAAAUCUUGGCAUCUCUCGUCCAGAAAUCACCUCGCAGCAGCCGGGUGUACUAUGAUAAUUUUCUGUACAUAGCCGCUUGGCUUUUACUGUCUGGAUUACAGGGUCAAAUGACCAACACUAGUCAGGCGGGAUCAGAAAAGGGAAACAAAGAAGAUAAAGGCAAGUCCCCGAGUAAACACAAGGAUGGCUCCAGGAUUAAUUUGACUAAAAUUCAGCAAGGUUAUGGCGGCUUGUCUGUAGUCUUGGCUUCGCAGGCGCUUGCCACCUUGGAAAAAUUAUUGGAACCUAAUGGUAUACUGAACGCAGAAGAAAAUCAAGUUAUGCCCGGAACCUUGGUGGGUUUGGAUGUCACCGAAGAUUAUAGCCAUAGCCAACGAAUUUCUCGGUUGCUGUCGGACUUGCCUCUGACACAACUGCUCUUUCAUAUCGCCACCGUGAGCUACCGAAAAUCGUGCAAUUUGAAACGUAUACAGAAAAAUGGCGACGGUGAAACUGUAUCGCUGUCCGAUUCAGCUACCUAUUACGACGAUGACGAUUUCAGUUGCUCAGAGGAGAGCAGCGCAGCCGAGGAAGAAGAAGAUGACGACGAUAGUGAACCCAUUCUCGGUCACUGGUUUGAAGAGACGAUUACGCCACCCGAGCCUAAAGGGGGCAAGAACAAAGGUGGACCUCACGAUUCAGAGGAUGCACGAAACGCUUCGAAGUCUUGUCAACGGAAUCUGGAUAUUUCCCUUUCCGUUCCUGACAAGGGCGAACCACAUGGCUACAUCGUGUUAGCUACGCAAAUCUUUGCCUUUAUGAACGAUCACAUGCUUUGUUCACCCCGUCUGAGGCAGUAUACAACCAACAGUUUGUCCGAACACCAGUUGAUCCUCUUGGCCGCUAUUCUCAAGGAUCUAGACCGUGAAACGGCGCGAACCGAGACGGGAACAAUUGCCGUAUUUUUCGGACAAACCCUUGGCCAGCUUUUCAGCCGUUUUUCACAAUCUUUAGCCCGUUAUACGCAUAACUUGUUGGCUUAUGAACUAAUGAGUCCGCCAUUACAAAUUGCGCUGCUCAACCAUCUGAACAUCAACCCUUGGUCCGAAGAAGAGGACUGGCCACUGCUGGUUCAUCCUAGAAGCUUGGCUGUUUUGGCCCAGGUGCUUCUCUCCAAACACCGCAAAGACAGCAAAGAAGAGGCACGUCAAACCAGCGAAGCCGCAUGUCUCUCUAUUUGGAAGCGACUUCUGGAAACGAUGAUAAAAUACAUAGAAGAUCCGCAUGUUGCCGGCGAUAGAGAUAAGGAGGCCGAAGACCUCAACGUUGAGCACGCUCAGCUCCUCCUCUUUCUUUUUCACUCAUUGCAGCUAAUGCAAAAGAAGGCUAUCUUACUUCUAUGUGCUCAGACAUUGAUCCGUGCUGCCCAGGCAGCCUUCAGUAUCAUUCCUUUGCAUGAUACACAGUUAAUGCUACUGGCACGUAUUCUGCUGUUGCUGGAAUAUCUGAUCAAAAAUCUUUACGAUGCACCUGUUGCAAUGCUAGAACAGAUACAAUGGAAUUUGCUUAGUUCGGCCGGCCUUUCCAGCACUGGCAGAGCCGAUGACGCGCAACAACCCAGCAGAAUGUACAAUUGUUGUCAAGAAUUAGAAGACAACUACCGAAAAUAUGGUUCUGAAGAUGAAGGAUGUUACAUUCGUCCUCGAUUUUAUCUGCUGAGUAAUGUUGAUAGCAACAAUCAGGACCUUCCCAAAUUAGACGGAUUGGCUUGCAGCUUCCUUUUGGCUCCAUCUGAUUCGUUCAAAUACUCCACUUUGUACGGUGCCAUUUUGAAUGUCCUGCACGUUGUUCACCAGUGCGAGUUUCACAGCGUUCGCAAAGAUAAGCGCGACUAUAGCGCAUUAUGCGCAGUUCAGUAUUGCUUCAAUGCCGGUUGGAGACUUGUCCAGUGCCUACCGCCUUCUGUUCCCGUUAUGGAGGGUCUGUCGACUGCUGGAGUGGAUCUGGAGCCUUCCGCUUUGCUUCACGCCUUGCUGUGGGGUCCACGCUCGGCUCACAAGGUUUACAAUGCGUGGAUCACCGAUUGUUUGGUUAAACAGGGCCUCACGACGCAGAAAGCUAUCUUUAUCGUCAAAGCGGCUGCCAAACAUGCUAAUAGUACACCUUUUUUGGUAAAAGUUGCCAAGCAAUUAGGCCAAGGAAUGCGCCAAUCAUCGCGCCUCAAAGACAUUGCUGCCGUCCCUGAUUUAUGGGAUGUCCUGGUCAUGGAUAUGGUUAUCGCAAGAUUACGCCUUCUGUACGAUGAAUGCGCUAACAAAGACAAUGGUGACGAGUCGUAUCGCGUGCUGGAUAGUCCAACAGAGAAACUACCCAAAACAUCGAAAAUAUCCAAAGAGAUCUUUAUGGAACUCUGCGAUUUAGUUGAUUCGGUGGCCAGUCUGUCAAGGCGCUGUGUUUUACAUGAUGCGCUAGGGAACAGCACUGAUACUCCGACAUUGGAAGGUUCUAGCGAAGCUGAAGCACUCCAGCAUUUACUUGCCAUUUCUUCAACGCGAGGCUGCAAACUAGCCAAUAUCACGCCGACGUUGGCGUUGUGCCUCCCACCUUUCUUACGUGCUGCGUUAGACCGCUGGAACAGCAGCAACUCUGAUUUUCCUGCAUUUUUCUCCUGGCGUUCUGGCCAGUCGGGUGAUCUCAUCCCGUCAGAGUCAUACCUUAACGGUAUCUUAAGCGCCCAUCUGCAGCUUUUGUCAUCCCAGUCCGUCUUCAGUCCUGCCUCGUCGUUGCGCCAUUUGUUGAAUGCGGCUGUUCGACUGGCCAAUGAUCUGGUCGUGUGGUAUCCCAACUCGGAGGAGGCAGAAAAGGAGCUGGUGGGCGUCUUCUUCCCCAUUGCACUGGAUGCUUGUUUCGAAAACCUAGUAGAUCUUGUACAGCUAGUCAUGGAACGACUUGUAGGAGCCGCUGACAGUGAUCGCUAUCAAGACAUUGCAUCCUAUAUCGUCAUCAGUCAUUGUCAUUCGUUGGUUACUGCAUGCGCAGCGCCGGUACGAUGCCUGGAAGAAAAGGCACUGGAGGAAUGCAUCCGCUUUCUGGAAUCUUGCGUUGAUAAUCCGCUUACUCGCCAUCCCCUUUCUCGUUUCUAUACUUUUGAAGAGGAAGUUCAUUCAUUAUGGGACAUCAUUUUCUCGACUACAACGCCCGAGCUGUCGUCAACAUACCGGAAAUCGGUCUACAGCUUCAUCAACAAGCUGCUGAAGUCUUCAGAUACCAACGACACAGAUUUAGAUAAUCUCUGUUUGACUUUAUUAAACUUGGAGAGGAUCGACGAAGAUCGUUUGGAAGCUUGGAUUGAAUUUGCGAUCUUACGCCAUCUAACCGGCCAGGAUGAUGAGGAAAGCCAGCAACAGCAGCAACCAGCUGGCAGUAGUACGCCGGUGGUUGUAAGGUCUGAUACGGCGGAAGAAGAGAAAAGUGCGACUGUCGCAGGAGGCUCUGGUGGGAAGCCUGGUCCACAAGAUGGAAUUUCCCUACUGCAGAAUUUGACACAGUUCGCUUUCCGUAAGGGUGAAGCGGAGAAUUUCUCCCGAACGCUUCUUAAAAUGCUUUUGAAGCACCUGUCUCCCAAUAGCCGCGGAAAUGUUACACCGGAUCUGGUGCUUGUUAUGGUCACAUUGGCAGGCGUAGGUCAAGGUUCCGGGCAUCGUGAUUUGUACUUAGCAGCGUUGGAUUGGCUGCUCAAAUAUCAACAAGUUAUGCCUACCGAAUCGUGGAUAGCUCUUAACCAGGAAGACUUAAGUUCGCCUCCACCCGAACUUGCAUCGUUCUGUUGUUUGCUCCAGUACACAACGGACGUCCUCUACGCUCUCAGAGUGCUGAGUAGCAGCAGCACCAAUGGCGCGGGAGUGGCGAACGAGCAUGCGACUGCUGAAACAUCGGCCGGUGGAUUGCUUGAAUCCAUCGAAGGUAAUCCCCUCACAGCAGACGUAGAAGACUGGGUGGAUGAAUUAGGUCUCGGCGAUGAUGUUGAAAGUGAUGGUGAUGAAUCCGAUGAGGACCUCCUUUGUAACCAAUUAUGCACCUUCGUUAUAACACAAAAAGAAUUUAUGAAUCAACAUUGGUAUCAUUGCCAUACCUGCCGGAUGGUGGACGGUGUCGGCGUUUGCUCCGUGUGUGCUAAAGUUUGUCAUCGGGAUCACGAUGUGACGUACGCGAAAUUUGGCAGUUUCUUCUGUGAUUGUGGUGCCAAAGAGGACAGUACCUGUCAAGCAUUGGUGCGUCGACCUCCUCAACCGGAAGAAGAUAAUUCUUCACGCUCACGAGACAGCGUUUCAGCCAGACGUCUUCCCCAUACCACAGUCGAUCAAGCGCUUCUCCAGCAAUUGGGUUUUGGAGGCACAGCAGCCAUGUCUUAUGUUCCGUAUCGUGGUGAUUUAGAUGGCUCGGAUCCUAGAUUUGGUGAUUUGGUUGCAAGUGACGAACUUUCUGAGAGACGGCGAAACCUGACGAAACAGCUGGAGCCUUACCUGAACGAGCUGUUAGAAGUUACUGUAUCGUGUGAACUUCCGGCUGCCAUCGUAGACAUUCUUGAUUCUUUGCUACCUUCCGUUGAACGAGCAAGUAAACGACUUUCACCGGUCGGUAGCCUUCAGCGCGCUCGACGCACACUCCAUCAGCUGCAUCAUGAAACUAAGACAAUUGUAGCUUCUGAAUCUCUUAUGAUCCCAACUCUGGGAUCACAGGAAGGAGCUUUCGAAAACGUGCGGAUGAGUUUCACCGGCGAUCAAGGUCAGACUAUUCGUCAAUUGCUCUCUGCUCACGUGCUACGCAGGGUUUCAAUGUGCUGCCUAUCCUCGCUGUACGGUCGUAGACAACAUCUAGCGAUGAGCCACGAGAAAGGCAAAGUGACAGUACUGCAAUUAAGCUCUCUGUUGAAACAGGCGGAUGCUUCGAAAAAGAAAUUGACGCUUACACGGCUCAGCUCGGCUCCUGUUCCGUUUACUGUGUUGAGCAUGGCGAGUAAUCCGGCGAACGAAGAUGUGCUGGCUGUUUGCGGCCUGAAGGAGGUUCAUGUGAUGACUCUUACGUCAGGUGGCUCUGUCCAAGACCACCUAGCACUACAUCCUCAGUUGGAGACGGGAAAUUUCAUCAUCAAGGCCGUCUGGCUGCCCGGCCAUCCCACCCAGCUGGCGGUCAUCACAGCCGAUUUUGUUAAAAUCUAUGACUUGUCUUUGGAUGUCCUCAGCCCACAAUACUUUUUCCUGUUACCAAGUGGCAAAGUGCGCGAUUGUGCAUUUUGGUUCCGUCAGGAUGGCGCCCAAUUUACUUUUUUUAUCUCUUCAUCCGGAUACAUCUAUUGGCAGCCGCUCAGUCAGGAUAGCUCAGCCCGCCAUGGCCCAUUCUAUGUCACUAAUAUACUAGAUGUCUCUCAUCCCGAAGUGAAAGAGAGCAAUGGCCAAACGGGAGGUGGAGGCGUAUCAGUCUAUUACUCCCAUUGCCUUCAGCUUCUCUGCUUUAGCUACGCCCAAGGCAAAACUUUCAUGGCUUCUGUGACUGAAGAUGGUCGCAACGAGUUGCAACUGGGCCCACUCCAUUCCGUUCACAUCCCGGCAAAAAGCAGCGCAACCGCAAGCGGAGGAAGUUCCCUGAAACUGGGAACUCCAUCGACAGGUUCGAGCUCGGCUCCACAGACUCCUGGAUCUCACCAGCCACUUUGCCAAUGGACAGAAGUGCAAGGCCAUCCGGGAUUGUUGUUGACGCUGACUCAAAGUUCUUACACGCCCGUGGUCAUUAUGGUUGAACCUGAACGAAUCCUGGUGGAAGAAAUCAAAGUCGUGCCGGCCAAAGUUAAAGUUACGGAUUUAGUGGCAGUCCGCCAUAUUGUCAAUACUGGCCAGGACAAAACGGAACCGCGUACAACGUUGAUCCUCUUGUGCGAUGAUGGUUCGCUGAGAAUUUUCAUGGCCUCUUCGGAAAUGACAAAUUUUUGGCUGACGCCCACACUUCAACCGCCCAUUCUUUCGACCACACAGCCUAAGAUGGUUCGCAAAGAGAGCGUUAAUGGAACCAAGGGAGGUUCCGGCUCUACCACACCGACAUUUCCAACGGAUUUCUUUGAGAGCUGCACGACCAUGAAUGAUGUCGAGUAUGGGGGCAACGACCUGUUGCACGUGUACAACUCGGCACAGUUGAAACAUAGGCUCAACACGAGUGGUCUCUACAUCGCCUGCACUAAACAGGCGGGCUUUUCCGUCGAGAUCACCAAUCCUGAUACAUCCAACGUCAUCGUAGGAGUUCGCAUUCUCGUCGGCUCCCAAGACGUUCAGCGAGCUCCUACCUGCGUCGAGAUUUUCGGACGUAACAUUCCUUUCGUUUUGCAGCGCCAUCGCUGGUACGACAUACCCUUAACGAAAGAAGAAAGUCUCCAGGCGGAUAAGAAACUCGUCCUAGCUUUCGGAUCUUCCAACGAUCCAUUAGGUGUCACCAUGAUUGAUUCAAUCAAAGUUUAUGGGAAAACGAAGGAAGUCUUUGGAUGGCCGGAAGACGCCGAAGAUCAGAUGACUGGAGCAGUCGGCAGUAAUGGAGCACUCAAUUUACCACCAUCACAAGGUCACCAGCUCCAAAGCCCUACUAUGCAAUCAAGUGGCUCCUGCAGUAAAUUGGCGAUGCAAAGCCCUGCUCAGCUAAUGCUGGAUCAGUUAGUUGGAGGAGCUGUGGCUCUUCUUGAAGGUUCUCUGUCACUACCGGUUACCAGCGUGACUCCUGCUUGUUCCCCUACUACCAAAGAUCACGUCCUCCGUCUGUCGACGCAAAUCUUGACGAUGACAUGGAGUGCGGGAAGUUGCGUCCCAGGUGUCAUAAAGCUUCUUUUGGCUGCCAUUCAUCCAUCUAGAGCUGCCUAUCAUGACUACAAGGACCGCAUACUAUUGACUGCUGUUGUGAACGAUCUCAAAGCUAUUAUGGACGAAACGUCUCCCAUCCAUCUGGAUCCGGAAGCAUUCUACAAUGUGUUGACCAUCACCAAAUCAGUGGCCACUACCCAACCGCAAAACUUAAUUCAGUUUACAAAUGACAACUUCCUUGGCGAUUUGUUGUCCGUUGGACGGCGGCUACAUCGUGAACGGGCGCGUAACCCACUUUUGAGUCCUGUAGGACAACUGGGCGUGGCUCAGAUUGAUUUCUGCGUUCAAUCCGUUGUUGACAUCCUCUUCUCAGUUGCUUUAACGGAACCGCAUCGAUGGAUGGCACCUGUAAUGGAUCAUUAUAUUAGUCUGCUACUUUGUGAUGACGCAAGCGUCAGUCACGCUGCUAAAGCUGCUCUCCAGCGGACCAUGAAAACGGGCUGCACUGGCAAAUCAAUACCCUCCACAGCUCAGCCUGGACACCAAGCCAUGCACAGUGAUGAAGAUGAUAUUAUGCAGCUGGCCAUUGCCAUGAGUCUGGAAGGAGCCACUGGUGCCACAUCUGCUCCGGAAACGAAUGAUGAGGAAGUGCGGGAAAUGUCCAGCAUGUCUGCGGAGUGCUUCCGUCAAUUACGAUUGGCUCUACUGAAAAGAAUCACUGACGACCUUCCGGAAUUGAAGAAAAAGGGGGGUGUUAAGUCCAUUCAUUUCCUCCAAGUUUUGCUUAUCUUGGUGUCUGAGUUGCGGCCGUCUGACCCAACGGAAAGGAGCGAACUGCAUCGGACAUUGGCUAAGGCUGUUUGCGAACUAGACCUAGAAAGAGAUGCAGCCAUUGAAGUAGCUGGGCAGCGUACACCGCAGCACGAAGUGCAACUCUUGAUAAUGAAAUUUUUUGGAUUUCUUUUGUCGACCCACCAUCAUAAAUCCAGCAGCGGAAGCAGCAAAGCCAGCCAUUCACAACGGCGAGGUACUUCUACGUCUCUGUCAACUGUCGCUUCGGUGGCUGCAAAAGUUCUCUUGGAUGCUGGGCUCAUGGAACGUUGCCUUGUGCUCCUGCAAGCUAUUCUACUGCAUUGGAAAGCUACCGGUGGAGAUGAAUCGCCCGUUGUUGCUGGCCUUCUCAAAAACCCCGUAGCUCCCACAGCUUUCGAUCUCUCACCUUUCUUCUCCAGAACGUUGACACAUCGCAAUACGGGAUACAUCUUUGAAGGGUUUUCCCAAUUGCUAACCGAAAUGGCUUUACGUCUACCAUACCUUGUCAAAAAAGUAAACAGUGCCGUCCAGCUGGAUCAACGCUGGGUGGAAUGCCUUUGUCAAUACGUUGCAGCACCUACCCCGUCAUCGGUCAAACGCCACGUGCGUAAACUGUUGCUGUUUCACUGCGGCUCCAAGGAAAAAUACCGUCAGUGUCGAGAUCUGUUGACGAUCGAAACGCAUUUCAAAGACGUCAAAAAACUAGCGUUGGAACACGGAUUCGAUGCAAUCCUAGAAGGCAAUCACGAUGGAUUGGUAUUGCCAUAUGAUGAUCUCGUGAUUGUCAUGGAACACUUGAAGGUGUGCCUCGAUGUGGCUGCGACGCGCACGGCCAACUGGCAGCUCUAUUGUCAACAAAAUGGAGAUACAUUGUCAUUCCUAGUCCAGCUGGUCUGUUUCAUUGACGAAGGCCUGUGCUGCACACUGCUCCAGCUACUACGCUUUGCCUUUUGUCCAUUGAAGACCGCGUCUUCAUCAUCCGUUAGUGCCGCGGUAACAUCAGCCACCAACACUAAUCAACCGAUAGCCAAGAAAUCGUCGGAAUGUGAUCUCACGGCAGAGCCGUGGGACUUGGAUAGUUCCUGUACGGGCGUUGAAGGUUGCGUUUGUGGCGUCUUUGUCCAGCAGUUACAUCGAACAGUAGAGCGUCGUCUGAUUAGCCGUCUCAUUUUCCGCUUCCUCCUGGAUUGCAACGUGAGUGCUGUCCGCUGGCAUGCCCACGCCCUGAUCCAUUCCUUCUGUCGACAUUCUUCCGUGGUCCAGCAACAAGAUCUCGUUGCUCUGAUGUGGUCCUUAUGGUCAGGACUUCAACUUUACGGCCGAAAAGCCUCCCAGUUUGUCGAUCUACUCGGCUAUUUUACAAUAAAAACUCCCGGGAUGGAAAAUUCUCUGCCCGGCUAUGUUGACCGAGCUGUGGCGUUGUUAAAGGAAGAAAACCAACUCAUCGUCCGUCAUCCGAACACAGUUCUGUACAAUGCACUAGCCAGUCUCGUUCACUUGGAUGGUUAUUACCUGGAGCGAGAUCCUUGUUUGGCCUGUUCCACUCUUGAGGUUCCAUUCUCGGCCGUAAAGUUAACAACACUGAAAGCCGAUGUGCGCUUCACAACAUCGACACACAUUGUUAAGCUAGUCAGCAGCCAUAUCGUCAAUCGUUUUGCAUUGCGCAUCACUGAUAUUAAACGGACCAAAAUGGUGCGUACCAUUAACAUCUAUUACAACAAUCGACCUGUCCAGGCCGCCGUUGAGCUCAAGAACCGUCCAGGCGUCUGGCUUAAGGCUAAGAAAUUAUCGCUGACCCCUGGCCAGGCUGAAGUCAAAGUAGAUUUACCGCUACCGAUCACCUGCUGCAAUUUGAAGAUCGAAUUUGCGGCCUUUUAUGAAAAUCUUCACGCUUCAUCGGAAAUGUUGCAGUGCCCUCGCUGUUCCGCCUCCGUUCCAGCUCAUCCGGGUGUUUGUUCCAACUGCGGUGAGAACGUAUACCAGUGUCACAAAUGCCGUUCCAUCAAUUACGACGAAAAAGACCCAUUCCUGUGCAACGCCUGUGGUUUCUGCAAGUACGCAAAAUUCGAAUUGACGUUAUCUGCCAAGCCUUGCUGCACUGUGGAGCCUGUCGAAAGCGAGGACGAUCGUAAAAAAUCAUUAUUGGCUAUUAAUGGAUUCUUGGAAAAAGCCGAUCGACUCCAGGGACAAAUGGCUUAUGCUAGGGAAGGAUUGGAAGUACUGAUCAGUAAGCUUGGUGAAAAUUCCGGCAUCGAUGUCUUAGCAGGAAAUGAUGUGAGCUCUGGAUCGUCGUCGGGGCUACCUGGAAAUUCAGGAGGGUCAUCUACUACAGCCGCAGCUAAUGGCAAUGGGUCUGUCACUGCUGGAGGACCCGGAACAGGACAGAUAAACAAAACAAUCCAACAGAUUUGCCAACGCUAUCAUUCAGAGUGUAAAUCAACUUUUGAGGAAUUGAGCAAAAUAGCUCAACGGGUGGCGGCCUGUCGCCGCGAUAUCGUUGCCUAUGAUGCCAGCCAGAGGCAAAAAGCUGUAAGACGCUCAAGUCCCGGACAAGGGGCCGUUGGAUUCGAUGGUAGCCAAUUCGUACCACUACCUACUGGAGCGACUUGUUGCUACGGGUGUGCCAGUGCCGCUCUAGAUCACUGUCUGACUCUCUUGCGCGCAAUGGCAACCAAGCCUCUGCUGCGGCGGCUAAUGUUCGAACAGGGACUGCUUCAAGAAUUGCUCCACUUUAAUAUCGCACAAGGAUCGGCCCAAUCACGUGGCGAAGUCCGUGAUCUGCUCUGCUUGUUGACGCUGAAUAACGCUGACGCCGUCGACUGCCUUAACCAGAAACUGAUGGAGAGCGUUGACGGAGUUCUUAAACGUUCCGGUCAUAGCUUAGCUUUGCUCAACUCCAUUCGACACGAAAUGGCUUUGUUCGCAGCUAGCCUUCAAUGCCAGGACACGUGCUGGGAGAAGCGUCUGCGCUCGGUCAUCCAGCUAUUUUUGAAAUCAACUCACCAUCUGCAGUCACCAGCUGUCAUGGAUGUCAUCACUCUACCUUGUCUGCGAAUCAUUCAAGAACUCAUCCAAGGUACUUCUGGGACGGUGCAAAUCCACGUUAAAGAAUCUUCAAAGGCCGGCCAUGUUGAUGUUCUCAUGGACCUGAAACGGUGGCUUCAAGGUGAUCCACAACAGAGCUUUGAUGCUUGGAAGUCGCGCGUACUGUCACGAUACGACUCUCCUGUACUCGGAAAAAGGCCAGAACAAGUACGGCAGCUCCACCUCAUGCAAAAAUAUGGAGCUCGCUGGCGCGAUAAGUACCAGCUGAGGCAACAACAACAGCGACCGGUAUCUUGUCAACUGUCGGGCUCCAAUUGGCUUCAGUCUAUGUUGUUUAAUCCAAACUCGCGAUUGAGUCGCCAAACGGCAUGUGUCUUCCUCGAGGGACUCGCUCGCGUACCCCAACGCCGACAGGAAAUCGUCAACCUUUUGACUAGUUUUUUGGCACAGCUGGGCCAAGCUGGUCCGUAUGGCGCGGAAUUUUUCGCAUUAUACAUGUCCUUGGUUCGAAAGGAGCAUUGGCGCUACUAUCUAGUGAGUCGUGGAUUACUACCCAAAUUAGCGGAUUGGAUCGAGAUCGAAAUCAAUGGAUUGACUCGACAAGAAAUGGUCGGCAGAUCAUCCGAGCUGUCGCAGGGCCAUGCUAUGAAAUCGCUGGUGGAACUGCUUUCCUUUUUUUUGGAAGAGACAUCUGUUCGCCAAGCGUACAAAGGGCGCCUAGUUGGUCAUGUUUUAAACGGUUACUUGAACUUACGACGCUUGGUCCUUCAACGUACGCGGCUCGUCGAGGACACUCAAGAACUUCUUCUACAGCUUCUUGGAGACAUGACAACAGGAACUGAAGCCGAGACGAAACAGUUCAUGUCUGUGUGCGUUCAAACUCUACGUCAAUGCCUCGUUGAUGACCUCGUAACGCCCGUCUUUGUAGUCGAACGUCUAUGUUCUAUCAUCCACCCGGAAGAGAAAGACGAUGUCGAAUUCCUUAUGUCGCUUGACAAAGAUCCUCAACAAGAGGAUUUCUUGCAAGGGCGAAUGCAAGGUAAUCCUUACAGCAGCACGGAGCCCGGCCUUGGUCCGUUGAUGCGUGACAUUAAAAACAAAAUCUGCCAAGACUGUGAAUUAGUUGCUCUUCUGGAAGACGAUACUGGUAUGGAACUACUGGUGUGCAAUAAAAUUAUGAGUCUAGAUCUGCCAGUCCGAGAUGUCUAUCGCAAAGUUUUCCUUUCUGAAAAUAAUGAAGCCGAGCCAAUGAGGAUCGUGUAUAGGAUGCGAGGCUUAUUAGGAGAUGCUACGGAAGAAUUUAUCGAACGGUUUGACGAUAAACGUCAGCGCCCGGCUAACGACGAAGAGACUUACAAACUGGCAAAUGUCAUGGGGGAAUGUGGUGGAUUAGAUGUUCUUUUGGAGCGCUUGAGUUGUGUCCGGGAUAUUCAGGGCGAAGGUCGGCCACUUCUUGGUGCCUUAGUCAAACUUCUGUCUUUCUGCACCAAAGUACAGACCAACCGCUCUCUCCUGAUUACUCCGGAACUGAAUGCCGUCCAACGACUUCUUGGUGCUCUUAAAUUAUGCUUACAGGCUCAACAGAACAUGCCUCCAUUUACAGAACAACUUUUGGAAGUUAUGGAAGCCAUUUUAUGUCAAGCCUCCGCACAGAGCGUUGAUCAAUAUGCCCUUUUUUCGUCGACGUUUGGUACCAAGGAAGAUCUGGACUUCUUGUUGCAGUUGUCGGCCCAAAUGGCGGGUUCCAAGACAGUCACUAGCAUUUUGACCCAUUUAACUCGUGUUAUUCCUUUCUUGACGUUCGUCAACAACACCAAGAUGGAUGUGCUUAUUGAGUAUUUCCGGCAAAGUUUAGAUUUCAACCAGUAUGACAGAGAACACAGUACCGAGCAGGCCGUUAAACUGGAAUUGUUCUGUGCUCUCACUUCGGGUAUUGAACACAACGCUAUAGGCAAUACUUUGAAGGAUCGCCUAGUGGCUUCGAAGGUGGUCUACACUGCGCUGGAUUAUCUCCUUCAGAAUGCGCCUACCAUCCGCUCGGCCAUCGCCCGAGACAGUCCCGAAUGGAAAGAAUUUGUUGCAAAACCAUCGUUGAAGUUUGUUUUGCGUCUCCUGACAGGGUUGGCUCACAGUCACGUCACAACCCAAUUGGCGUUAGCCGUCGAUUCGAUUCCACUCUUUCAUCAUUUGGAACAAAUUUCAUCCGAUGAACACGUUGGUUCUCUUGCUGAGAAUUUGUUAGAGGCCAUGCGAGGCCAUCCUACGGUUGCCGAGCGGAUUGAAGAAGUUCGCCAACAGACAAAGCGAGAGAAGAAGCGGUUGGCUAUGGCGAUGAGAGAAAAUCAACUUCGAGCUCUCGGAAUGAAAACUAACGCACUUGGUCAGGUUAAAGCCGAAAAUCCCAUUCUACAACAGUUAGUUGAUAUGGGAUUGGGUGAAGAACCUGGUCCCGUCUGCGUCAUCUGUCGUGAAGGUUACCGCUUCCAGCCGGGUAGAGUGUUGGCCAUUUACACUUUUAGUCGACGCUGCCAACUGGAGGAUCUCGAGUCCCAGCUUUGGUAUGGCUCACCACAUGCUUCUUCCACCGCGUCAUCGCCGCCUGUGAGUUCUGGACGUAGCCGCAAAACCUUAGGAUACUACACUGUCUCGCACUUCAACGUCGUCCACGUGGAAUGCCAUCUUUCGGCUGUUCGUUUGGCCAGAGCUCGUGAUGAAUGGGAGUCAGCUGCAUUGCAAAAUGCCAACACCCGUUGCAAUGGUCUUUUGCCUCUGUGGGGCCCUCAAGUUCCGGAGUCUGCUUUUGCAACCUGCCUUGCUCGUCACAACACCUACCUCCAGGAAUGCACAGGUCAUCGGGACAUCGGAUACGUGUCUACGUGCCACGACCUGAAGUUGCUCAUUUUGCGCUUCGCGCUGGAACGGUCUUUCAGUGAUGAGUCUGGUGGAGGUGGCCCGCAAUCCAACAUGCACUUCCUUCCAUAUCUUCUUCAUGCAGCGCUUUACGUCUUAAAUACGACACGUUCCUGGAGUCGCGAAGAGAAAAACCUGAGAAGUUUUCUGGAAACUGCUCGAGGAGAAAAAUGGGUGGAGAAUCAUGUCGAAUCCGAUAGCGCCUUCUAUUACACGACUUUGGCUCUGCUUCUGCAGAGCUGCCAGCGCUGGAAUACGAAUCGGCUAACCUACCUUGGUCGCCUUUUGGUGACGGCACAUUGCCGUGCCCAUCAGUCAAAGGGAAGCGACCAACGUCAUGAAAAACAGAUACUUGAUUACAGUGUUUAUAAACCUGCACUCGUCUUUUUUUCGAUCGUCAACGGAAUUUUCAACAUUGUAUUGAAGAACGUAACAGUGGGAGAAAUUGACGCUGACUGGCCUGGAACAGUAGCCGAAUAUAUUCGUCACAACGACGAAGCCGUUUUAAGGGCCACUGACAAACUACUCAACGCGUAUCAAAAUGAUUUUCUGACUUGCGGCUCAUUUGACGAAUUUUGCGAUGUUGCUGGUUUAUUAGAGGAUAUUCCAUCUCCCGAUGAAUUCAUCCGAGGUUUACUCCAAGGCAUACCUUAGCAAACGUCUACGUUACGUUUUAAGCAUCUAUAUUAUUAAAAUUAGUCUUGUGUAGUUUUGUUUUUGUCUUUCUUUCGCUUGAAAAAAAUACUGUUCUGACAGGA